AAACCCAGGCAAGCCCGCCCCGCGUGCCGGGGGAGAACGCGCCCGGCGGCAGCAGCAGCCGCAGCAGCUCACUGUCACCAGCCGCCGCGGCAGCAGCCGCCGCCUCCUCCUCCUCUUCAGCAUCCUCAGCCGCGCUCCGGGAGCCCUGCAGCAGCGCCGCUCCGGCUAGAGCGCGGGGGGGAGGGAGCGGGGAAGACGGAGACCGGGGUGCAGGCAUCUGUGCCAGGGCUCUGGGCUCAGGAGAAGGAGAAGCAGCCCCGGCAGCGUUAGGAAGGAGGGAGGCAAGGCAGGCAGGGGAGCUGCUCUCCUCAAGCCGUCCGUCGGCAGCGGAGGAAGCGGCAUGCAGCUGGCAGGGGGCAGCCGGCUUUUCUCAGGAGAGCGAUGGAGAUCUGCUAUCUGACAAUGCCUGGGUGAGAGGAGGGGAGGAAAAGAAGCAGCCAGCCAACCCCACCACCAGCCGCCACCACCACUGUCACCACCAGCACCACCACCACCACCUCCUCCUCCUCCUCCUCUCUCUGCAUUGUUGCUCUCAUCUGCUCCACCGUACUCUGUAUUGGAUGGAUCUGUGGUGAGACCCAGCCGGAUCCACCUGCAAAACCCAACAACAUUUCAAUAGGGAGAGGACGAAGAAGAAAAAGAAGAAGAAGAAAGAAGAGGAAGAAGAGAGAGGGAAGGAGGGAGAGUGGACGAGCGAAAGCGGGAGAGAGAGAGAGAGAGAGAGGAAGGCAAGAAAAUCCCCCCCAAUCUUUUAAGUCAAUGCAUAUUGUGGUGACACUGGCAACGGAGCCCUCACGGUGGAGUCGGCCAGGGCUGUGCGUUUCCAAAAUAUGACCAGGGGUGCUUGGAUGUGCAGUCGGCAGUACGAUGACGGCCUAAAAAUCUGGUUUGCACCCCGGGAGAACGAGAAACCCUUCACUGAUUCAGAGAGGGCUCAGAAAUGGCGACUGUCCCUGGCAUCGCUCUUGUUUUUCACAGUCCUGCUCUCUGAUCACUUGUGGUUCUGUGCCGAAGCCAAACUCACCAGGACCAGAGACAAGCAGCAGCAGCAGCAGCCCGAGCAUCCGGAGCGGGAGCUACACUCUAGCAUGGGGGAGCCCUCGCCUGCAGCACAGGCGGCCCAUAGACUCCUCUCCUCCUCAUUACCCACCCUGCCUCCCUCCCCCAGCAGCAGCAGCAGAGGCGGCAGCAGCAACAAUAAUAACAAUAACAACAACAAGGCUAUUUUUCUAGGGAACUCUACCAAACCUUUUCGGCGCCUGGAGACGUGUUACCCGCAGAGCUCCGCAUCUGGCCAGUGUUUCAGCGUGGAGGAUGCGGACUCUGUGUGCCGGAGGAGAUGGAGCCGGGAGCAGCAGGUGACAGGGAAUCAUCCGACUCCGGGCUGGAACUUGACGGAUUUUUACCUUUCCUUUUGUAAUUCCUACACCCUUUGGGAGUUGUUCGCCGGGUUGUCCAAUCCGGACACUUUGAACUGCAGUCUGGAUGUGGUGCUGGAGGGGGAAGGCUCCUGCAGCCAGUGCGUCCAGGCUUACCAGCGCUACGACCAGCAUGCUCAGGAGAAAUACGAAGAGUUUGAGGUUAUGCUCCAGAAAUAUUUACAAUCGGAUGAAUACUCGGUGAAAUCGUGUCCUGAGGAUUGUAAGGACUUUCUCCAUCUACCCGGUCUGUAUCUACCAGCAGAGAUUUUCCCCUUGACAAAAGAACCACAUGCUGUCACUGGAGAGCCCCCGGACAUUAAAGAUGUUUGAGCAGAUUGAAAGAAAGAGCAUGAGGCAACAGCUGCUCUCUGUGAAGUUCAGUAAAGCAGAGACAGCAGUGAAGCAGAAACCUCUGUUUGAUCCCAAGUACUUUUCCCUCUCCACCAUCAUCUACUUCAUCUCAGACUGAGAGGCCUGUUUCUUGCAGCUGUCUGAAAUGAGCAGUUAUCAUACACAGAGGCCCAGAGGAUGAUUACAAAAGCAAAAGCUCCUUAUCUGACAUGAUGGAUUAACAAUGGGGCAGGAGGACAUAAAAAUUCAAUUCACAGUAUGAGAUGGAAAGACUUUCUGAAAAACGAGGUCCCAGGGUGUGGCCCAUGGAUGGUAUCACCUUCCUAUUUCAGAAGCUCCUUAUCAAAACUCAUGUCCCAAAGGAAAUGCUGAAAGAGAACAUUGGCAAAAAUACCACAAGAUGCGACUCUCGGAUGAGCAUCUCAGGUCAGUGAAGGAACAGUCAAACCCAAUGAAUGAUCUUUCAAGUUAACUUCAUAAUCUUGUCUCUAUAUAUUUUUGGGCAAGUUUAUAUGUUCUUAGCUAGUCUGAUAGUUGAAAACUGAGCCAACUGCUACAUGAAAGUGUCUUCUUGGUAGAAGAGAGGCAGGGGUGAAUUCUCUUCUUCAUUGCCCUCUCCCAUGAGGACUCCAGCAAGCGUGCUUUAUAUCUGACUCCUUAACAAAAAGAAUGUAGUGGGGAAUUUCUCACUAUGAU